AUGACGGCCGUUUCUCUCACUUCCAGGAAUCUGUUCUUCCUGGAAGGUAGUGGGGAUACCUCUCUGGAGAAAGAGUUCAGCUCGGCGCUCGUGGGACCCACGGUGAGCACCCCAAACAGCCAGCACUCCUCCCCGAGCCGCUCCCUGAGUGCAAACUCUAUCAAGGUGGAAAUGUACAGUGAUGAAGAAGCGAGCAGGCUGCUGUCGCAGGACGACCGCCUCCUCGAGAAAGAGGACAGCGUGAUUGUGGAGGACUCCCUCUCUGAGCCCCUGGGGUACUGUGACGGCACGGGGCAGGAGCCUCACUCUCCGGGCGGCAUCCGGCUACCCAAUGGCAAGCUGAAAUGUGACAUCUGCGGGAUGGUGUGUAUCGGCCCCAACGUGCUGAUGGUGCACAAACGGAGCCACACGGGAGAGAGGCCGUUCCACUGCAACCAGUGUGGAGCUUCCUUCACCCAGAAGGGGAACCUCCUGCGGCACAUCAAACUGCACUCUGGCGAGAAGCCCUUCAAAUGUCCCUUCUGCAACUACGCCUGCCGCCGGAGAGACGCGCUCACCGGCCACCUCCGCACGCACUCAGUCUCCUCCCCCACAGUCGGCAAGCCCUACAAAUGCAACUACUGCGGCCGGAGCUACAAGCAGCAGAGCACGCUGGAGGAGCACAAGGAGCGGUGCCACAACUAUCUGCAGAGUCUGAACACUGAGCAGCAGUCGCUGGCCAGCCAGCAAGGCGAUGAGAUGCGAGACCUGGAGAUGGUCCCGGAUUCUCUGCUUCACCCCUCAUCCGAUCGGCCGACGUUUAUCGACCGGCUGGCGAACAGCCUCACCAAACGGAAACGCUCCACACCUCAGAAAUUUGUGGGGGAGAAGCAGAUGCGAUUCAACCUCUCCGACCUCUCCUUCGAUGUGAACUCCAGCUUCGAGAAGGACGUGGAGCUGGUGGGCACCCACCACCCCAUCGACCCCAGUUACGGCAGCUCGCUGUCAUUUGUGGGAGCCGAGCACCUGCGCCCCCUCCGCCUCCCCUCCACAAACUGCAUCUCGGAGCUCACGCCUGUGAUCAGCUCCGUCUACACCCAGAUCCAGCCCAUCCCGGGCCGGCUGGAAAUCCCGGGGAGCCGAGAAGCCGCUGAAGGCCACGAGGACAUUCCCGAGGGGGCGCAGAUCGUGUACCGGGGGCGCGAGCAGGGCGUGUCGCCCAGCAACGGCUGCCAGGAUUCCACAGACACGGAGAGCAACCACGAAGAGAGGACCUGCGCCAGCAGCCGGCAGAGCCCAGCCUACGCCAAAGAGGACCCCAAGCUGCAGGAGGGCACCCCCGCUGCCCGCACAACCCCCAGCUCAGCCAAAGACGUCCUGCGGGUGGUGAACGAGGAGGGGGAGCAGGUGAAAGCCUUCAAGUGCGAGCACUGCCGGAUCCUCUUCCUGGACCACGUGAUGUUCACCAUCCACAUGGGCUGCCACGGCUUCAGAGACCCUUUCGAGUGCAACAUCUGUGGCUACCACAGCCAGGAUCGGUACGAAUUCUCCUCCCAUAUAGUGCGGGGCGAGCACAAAGUGUAGGCUAACUCAAUCCUACCCCUUCGCCCUGAUCGCCCCGUGACUCCUCCCCCUGGCUCUAGCUCCGCCCCCUCCCGUUGGGCAUGGACCUGUUUUUCUUUUAUACUCCUUUGCACUGACUUUGGCUACAAA